CUUCAUAGUUGGAGGCCCAUCUGGGCUACCAGGCAGAGACUUUUUUCAAACCAAACAACAAUCAAAUCGGCCAUCUGGUGGUGCCAUCUUUUUGUUGUUUGAGACAAGGUCUGCCUGACUACCUCGCCCAGGCCAGCCUGGAACUCAUGGUCUACCUUUGUCUCCUGAGUGAGGGAAUCCUGGGGGAAGCCACCGUGUUCAUCUGUUGCCUUCCUUUUCAGAUUUUCCUGGGCCUUCCCUAUGGAAACAGGGUCCCUGUUCUCGCUUUUAUGGUCUGGCCUGUUACUUUAGGAGAGGUUGGCGAACUAGAGUGACAUUUGUUGUUUGAGGUUGAUUGGAGAGGGUCCAUAUAUCUGAAGUGGUGUUUUCAUUUUCUUUCUUCCCUCUCCAACAGGUCUGAUAACUCUAGAGGAGCUACAUCAGCAGGUGUUGAAAGGAAGGGGCAAGUUUGCUCAGGACGUCAGCCAGUAGGUCCUGCUUCCAAUCCCUUGGGAGACGACCUGAUCAGGGCCAUCAAGAAGCUGAAAGCGCUGGGCACUGGCUUUGGCAUCAUCCCCGUGGGCGGCACUUACCUCAUUCAGUCUGUUCCAGCUGAGCUCAAUAUGGAUCACACCGUUGUGCUGCAGCUGGCAGAGAAAAAUGGGUACGUGACUGUCAGUGAAAUCAAAGCCAGUCUCAAGUGGGAGACGGAGCGAGCGCGGCACGUGUUGGAACACCUGCUGAAGGAAGGCCUAGCCUGGCUGGACCUGCAGGCUCCAGGGGAGGCCCACUACUGGCUGCCAGCUCUCUUCACAGAUCUCUACUCCCAGGAGAUCUCAGCUGAGGAGGCCAGAGAAGCCUUCCCUUGACUGAGUGGAGAGGACAACCGCAGCAGGCCAGAAGGGGACACCUGUGAAUAAACCUGGACAAUUUUGUUUAUAAAAAAAAUUCAUCCCAA